AUGUUAUCCACUGGACAAAAUGAAUCGGUGGAUAAAAAUAUCAAAAUCAACCUCGAAAACCGAGAUUUGUGGCAAAAAUUUCACUCAAUUGGCACAGAAAUGAUUAUCACAAAGACUGGAAGACGUAUGUUUCCAGUAAUUAAGUGUAGUUUAGAGGGAUUAGACCCACAUGCUAAAUACAUUCUACUCGUUGAUUUGGUACCUGUUGAUGACUGCCGAUACAAAUACCAUAAUUCAGAAUGGGUUGUAACUGGUAAAGCUGAACCUCAUAUGCCAGGACGUUUGUACAUUCACCCAGAUUCACCUGCUUCUGGUGCCCAUUGGAUGAAGCAACCAGUACCAUUUCAUAAGCUCAAACUUACCAACAACAAUCUCGAUCAAAAUGGACAUGUUAUAUUGAAUUCUAUGCACAAAUAUCAACCAAGAAUUCAUGUGGUACAAGCCAAUGAUAUUUUCACUAUGAGAUGGAACACAUUCAAUACUUUUGCUUUCGAAGAAACUAUCUUUAUUGGUGUUACAGCUUAUCAAAAUGAACAGAUUACUCAAUUGAAAAUUGACAACAAUCCAUUUGCUAAAGGUUUCCGUGAUAAUGGAAUGGCAAGGAGGUCAGUAUUGUAUUUAUUAUUUUUAAAUUAA